AUGCUUCUCUCUAUAUCACGUAUUCUUGGUCGUGCUUUCGCUAAAGCCCUCCAAGAAGAGUAUGCUGCCAGUAAGAAUGCGGCAAGGAUCCGUGCUGAUACAAAUAAGUCUUCCAGCGAAUCCGAUUUUGUUUCUAGUUUGUCGGGAAUCUCUUUGGAGGAGGCCAAGCAAAUUCUUAACGUUUCGGACAUCCAUAAUGCCGACGAAGUUUCUAGGAAGUACGAUUAUCUUUUCAAUAUAAAUGACAAGAAGAACGGUGGUUCUCUAUACUUACAGUCCAAGGUCUUUCGGGCGAAGGAACGCAUAGACGAGGAGCUACAAGCAAAGUCUUCCAGUUCAAACGUUUGA